CCGUUAGUUGUGUUAUCAAAUCUCUCUACAAUCCAACAUGGACUUUGUCAAAAUAAUUUUCUUCGUCUCUUUCACAUGUGUCUUGCCUGCGGAGCAAAAGUUACCUGCUGGAACCUGCGUUUCCAAGAUCGUGAAGGGGAAACUUGUCCAAGUUGGAGAUUGCGAGAAAAACGAUGGAUCCGAAAUCGCCAGACUGAUAAAAAAGAGUCUUGUUGAAAAGAAAACAGCUGAGAAUGAAUGUGGCGUCAUUUACGAUUCGAAAUGCUUCCGAUCAGUCUUGUAUAAUGUAACAAAUGUUACCUUCGUUGAUGCCGAACCAAUUUGCAAAUCAAUGAACUACGGAAUACCCGCAAAUAUUUACGACUUGGCGCAUUAUCAGUUGGUGCUCCCUUACCUACGCUCACUGAUCCCUGUUGGUGAGGAAUCGGCACACAUCUGGACAGGGUUGGAGUAUAAGAACAAUCAGCUUUUGCUGUCCAAUGGAGGACCAUUCAUUAUAGAAACAGAAGUCUGGAAUCCCACUUUUCCAAAGAACACAACAUGGCGGACGAAUGUUGCUCUUCGAAUCGAUAACAUCCCAAAUCGAAGUCAGGGAAUUUACAAUACACCACCAACCGCGGAUACGGCCGGUGUCAUCUGCGAAAUAUAAAACCAGCUAAAAACCUGACAGAAUGUUGUUGACGAAUUGAAUGAUAUGAACCACAAAUAAUUGAAUUUUGUCUUAUUUCAACUUACUUCUAUUAUUUCAUUACUUUUGCAUUAUAUCCUUGUCUAUAGAAACCUUUAUCCCAUCAAAUAAAAUUUAAAGCUGCCUCAGCCCAUGUGAUUUUCGUAUAUAACCAAACAUGAUAAUAAAAAUCCAUU